AUGGAUGGCAUGCUCAGUGAUAAGGUGAAAGAGCGACUACAAAGUGCCCGUGUCUCGAGGUUUUACAAUAUCAUCUGCUUUCGAAUAAUUGCUCCAGCCACUGAGUUAAAACAAGAGAGAGCUGUCGUGGAUUGGACAGUUCGUCGAAGUGGGAGCGCAAAACUGGUUGAACUCUCUCAAAAGGAUAUAAAGAAGGAUGUUCUUGAGACCACAGUAUAUAAGAACUCAGCUAAGAGACAAGUACAACUUAUCAACACGAAUUCGAGAAAGAUUCAUGCUCGGGUGCUAGAGCGGGCGUCAUUGUUGAAUCAAGAAGUUACAGAAAUUCAAAUAAGUGGCCUCUACUACAGGCAUCUUACCUUCAAUAUCAAAUGGACAGGAGGAUCAGAUGACGAAAAAUGCUGGGUCACCCUUAAUCCCGAUGCUUGGAUUGAAGGUUUAUUUUGGGUGGGUGUUAUUGGAAUUAUAGAUGAUGCAUUCAGAGGAAUCCCGGCGAUCAACGAGCUGCUGGGAAAGCAUCCACCAAGGGGCAAAGAGUCUUGGACACUUCAAUGGAAUGAAAAUGUCGAGAACGGUCCCUUCUUUCGCAUGGUUACCGUUAAAAGGACCAUCACAUGUUUAGCGCAGCGUGAUGGCUUCAAGGAUCACAUACGGAUUCACGGCGAUGAUACCGAGCCAUCAGGAACACGAUAUAAACAAUGGAUGAAAAAUGCGACACUUUUGAUUCAUAUUGACAACAAGCAUCUGGAUAAGCUGAGAUUCGAGAAAGUAAUUGCCUGUCCUUACCCCUGUCGUCGUGACGCGAGAUAUAUAGGCGUAACAGGUCUUAAGCGCCAUAUCUACGAUGUGGAUGAAGCACAGCUUGUCAGCAACCUUGACGCCUCAACCGACAACCUCAUGAAUUUCGAGGAUCUACCCAUAGCAAUGAUUGCAAAUACGCUGGAAGAACCAGACGAGAACCUGAAGAAUAGCGUAUUAGAUGUGACAUCUAGCAAGAGGGACAUUGUAGAGAGAGAAUGA